CCGCGGCGGCCCGGCUGGCGCGCGUCUCUCCUUCCUCCUUCGGUCUCCACCGCUCCAGGGGCGGGUGGGGUGGGCUGAGCCGGGGCUGCCACAGCCUCCGCCACUACCGCCGCCACCCCGGGAAGACCAGAGCAGAGCAGCGCACGAGUCCCGGGAGAGAGAGGGGCUGCGGGGCGGCCGGUCCCCGUCUAGGACCAAGGGGCGCGCGGCGAUGUGAGCUAUGAGCGCGGCGUGGACACUGUCACCGGAGCCGCUGCCGCCAUCGACGGGGCCCCCGGUGGGCGCGGGCCUGGACGUCGAGCAACGCACGGUGUUCGCCUUCGUGCUCUGCCUGCUCGUGGUGUUGGUCCUGUUGAUGGUGCGCUGUGUGCGCAUACUGCUAGACCCCUAUAGCCGCAUGCCCGCCUCGUCCUGGACCGACCACAAGGAGGCGCUCGAACGAGGGCAGUUCGACUACGCGUUGGUGUGAGGGGGCACGGGGUCCCGGGCCGGUCCUCCGAUCCCGAG